AUGUUUGAGGAAAACUUUAUGGGUUUUGAUGGAAAUUUUAACAAUGGGCGAGCUUCGGAUCGUCGUCGUCGUGACUUUGGUUCUUCCGGUGGGUUUCAGGAGAGUCUCGACACAAACCCAUUCCUGCAGAAGAAUCAGUGUUACGACAACAUGGAUACGAAGACGGAUGUGGUGGGUUUGUGUAAAAAGCUUAACCAAAUGGGCAUCUCUUGCGACAUGAGUAUUUGGAGCAGACCCGGACCCAUGCGAGUCGACCGGGAUGAUUUUGUGCCUCGAAGAACUCUCCAUGAGUUUCCGGAUGGGUUUCGUAACCAUCACUCUGCUCGCCAAGCUUUUCCCUCUCAUGGAGUUUCUCCGGGUUUCCUUGGCGUUCAAGACUCCGUUAACCCUAACGGACUUAGAGAGAUGAUGGCUCUUAAGAACCACAGAGAUGUUCUUUUGGACCAUAUGAACCGACCCACCAAGCGUUCAUCUCCUUGUCUCAAAAGUCUCUCUCUUGGGAACGAUGCGUUUCAGAGAAACAGGGUUUCUCGCGCCAUCGAUGAUGCGGGAGAGCUUCGAGCUUACUAUCCACAUGAUAGUCUUAGAGAUUUCUCUCUUGGGAAGGACCAGUUGAUGUGUGGAGGAAGAAACAUGGCUUCUCGAGCUCUAGCCGCCAUGGAAGGUUCUGGAGCUUCUCUGAUUCGCCAAGGCGCAUAUGGGAUGAUGAGUCCAAAAACCACUACUGAUUUGCCUCUGGAUCUUGCCUCCAUGGUUAACAUCUACGGAUCUGUUGACCUAAUGGGUAAAGAUCAGAUUGGUUGUCGGUUUUUGCAGAAGCUGGUCGAUGAAGGAUUGUUUCUUCACUCUCUAUUCCUUGAAGUCAUCAACAAUGUGGUUGAGCUUUCCAUGGAUCCCUUUGGGAACUACUUGGUUCAGAAGCUCUUAGAUGCGUGUGACGAGGAACAGAGAACGAUGAUGGUCAGUUUUUUGACCUCAAGACCAACGGAGCUUCUCAAAAUCUGUCUCAACAAUUAUGGGACACGGGUUGUUCAGAAGAUGAUCGAAACGGUGAAAACAAAACAGCAGAUUGGGAUGGUGAAGUCAGGUCUCAAACCGGGCUUUCUUUCACUUGUUAAAGAUUUGAAUGGGAAUCAUGUGAUCCAGACUUGCUUGACUACUCUCAGUCCUAACGACACCAAGUUUGUGUUGGAAGCUGCUACGAAGUACUGUGCUGAGAUAGCAACUCAUCGCCACGGAUGCUGUGUGCUUCAGUGCUGCGUCUCAAACUCUGUUGGAGAGCAACGUGAGAGACUCGUCAAUGAGAUAUCCAGAAACUCACUUCACCUUUCUCAGGAUCCUUUCGGGAACUAUGUAGUGCAGUAUCUAAUAGAGCAAAAAGUAUCUGCAGCGAAGUUACUGAUGCAGUUUAGAAUGCAUUACGCGGAGCUAGCCACUCAGAAAUUCAGUAGCCACGUGAUGGAGAAAUGCCUCAGGAUAUAUCCAGAGAGUCGAGCUGAGAUUGUCCGUGAGCUUCUCUCUGUUCCAAACUUUGAGCAUCUCUUGCAUGAUCCUUUUGGAAACUACGUUAUCCAAACUGCUCUCUCAGUUACCAAGGGUCCUGUUCGUGCGAACUUGGUGGAGAAAGUGCAUAGGUAUGGGAAACUGAAGUUUAGUCCUUAUUGCAAGAAGAUAUUCUCCAAGACCAUCUUGAAGAGUUGA